UUCUGCUAUUGGAUGAGUGGAAUUUCGGUCACCGUGUGCUACUGACUCAUGUGUUGGGGUACUCCCUUGUAAAAGAAACAGGGAUGGACAUGGAGAAUACUUUGCUGUAAACGUUGUGUGCAAGGUCAGAGGGUCUUGGUCUGAGAAGCAGCGUGGUAGCAUGGCGAAAGCGUUUCUAAAUGGGAAGGAUGCUCACUCCGUUCUCAAACGCUUUCCCCGAGCCAACAGUUUCCUGGAGGAGUUCAGACAGGGUAACAUUGAGAGGGAAUGCGUGGAGGAGAGCUGCAGCUUCGAGGAGGCCAACGAAGUGUUCGAAAACAAGGAGAGAACGAUGGAGUUUUGGAAGACACGUAGUGUCUACACGGUUAGCAGCCACGAGCAGAACCGGGACAGCCGUUCGGAGGGCCACCUCUACAUGGUGGUUCCCUUGCUGGGCGUAGCCAUCCUCCUUAUCAUCGCCCUCUUCCUCAUCUGGAGGUGCCAGUUGCAGAAAGCCACCCGACGGCGGCCCGCCUACACCCAUAACCGCUACCUGAACAACCGCAACACUCGCAGUCUGCCGCGCAUUCUGGUUCACCGGGACACACCGUCCCACUCUGAGACCGCCUCCCACCCAGACUCGUCCCGGCCCAGCGUGGUGGUGAGCGGUGUGGAGAGGGUCGUAGGUGGAGGGCGUGGAGGGUCGCUGGUUUGUGCCGGUGCUCCCCAGGACCCCCAAUCCCAUUCGCAUCCCCCUCAGAACAUCCGUUCCUCCCUGUACGUCCAGGAACCGUCAGUGUCGGUGACGUCUCGUCUGUCAGGCGCGACACCACCCCCUUCCUAUGAGGAGGUGACAGGACACUUGGAGAGUAGCAGUGACGAGGUGUCGGCGCCGUACAGCGACCCUCCACCUAAAUACGAGGAAAUCAUCAAGGAGAAGUGAGCGGAGGUAGGAGGGAGGGUGGGCUGUGGGCCACACUCUUGUGUCCAAUCCGCUCCUGCCCUACAUCUAUUCCUGGCCUAAAGGGGCUGACGAGAGCCUCACUUUCCUUGGGAAAGGAAGGCACUUGUAUCUAUCACCAACUGACCACAGUACACGGUUUGCACUUGAGAAGACCAUCUGUACAUCUAUCUUGCCAGUGCCAGUGUGGGCGAUGUGUUGUUUUUUCUUCUCUAAAGUUUUUGUGUUGCCGUUAUGCAUCAGUGUUUCUCGCUGUACUCUGAAUGUGGUCGUCACUAUGUACUAGUGCUUAUGACUCUGCAGUGAGGUGUUAUAUCAGUAAUAGCUGCGUGUUGGUGCCAGUAUUGACCACUUGCGUCUCUCUACCAGCUAGUCCCCCAUCGAAAAAAAAGCAUUCCCUCACACUGACUACUCUCCUAAACUCGGAAUAUUACCGCACAACUUCCAUGCCCCGUUCCUGACUGAGGCAUGCCACUAAACCUGCAAGCCAAGGCCUUAUCACGGUAACGAAGACAUCGACAUGGAAGUCUGUUCCCUAUAGAGUGCAAUACUUUUGAACAAGUGCACUAUGUAGAGAUGAAAGUUUCAGUUGGAACAUGGAGCUGAGUUUUAGAUAAAUUCAAUGUUGCCAAGUCCCUUCCCUGAGGGGGGUUUGGAACUGUGUAGAUAAAGGCAUUUAGGAAGUCACUGAGCCCUAAUUAUGACUACGCCCUUCAGAAGGUUGAGUUUUGUGGCUCAUUAGAAAAGACCGGAUAUACAGAGCAGUGUGGCUUUGCCAAAUGUGCACUGUUGAUUGCGUGCACUACCUUCUGGCUGCACUCCACAAAAAAACCAGGAGAGGAAAUAAUACAAGAAAUAUUAUGUAUUCUUUCAGUUCCUGAAAAAGUUAAUCAUAAAGAAACAGAUGCCAGUGUGACAGCGAACGUACUGGGAUCAACUUGUCCUCUUCAAUGUAUGUCUAAACCAAAAAUGCUUUAGGCCUUCUUUCUUCAACUGCCAGUUUACCCAAAAUCCUCUCUCCUGCUGUCACUGUAGCUCUGUUCUGAAACAUCUGCAAAAACGAUUCUCGUGAUUCUUGGAUGUAUGCUUCUCUCUGCUCCACAGCUAGUUAGUUCCUGAUGAAGAAAUUCACAAAAUGUGGAAACAUUGAAUUUUUGUAUUUAAAGAGUAUUAAUUAGUGUUUGGAACAAGUAUUAUUGAUCUUUAGUGAAGACAUUUUAAAUUUUCCUCUGAAAACAUUGAGGAUGAUUUUAUAUCACUGUUGUAUGUAACCACAAAAUGUUAAGCACUUACGUGGAGCUUGAUGUCUCAGAUUAAACUAUUUUGGAAGUGAGGUAAACAAGCUAUAUAUUUUCAAUAAACAACAAAUGUGUCGA